AUGCUAUUUUUUCUAAAACGGUACCGUUUCAAUUUGUUCUCACCAUCUGCACUACGUGGUCCAUUUCAGUCCAUUGGAUCAACUCUUCUCCAUGUGUUUUCAUCUGGUACAAACUGCAGGACACUGCUGGAGGAAACCAUGGUUGGAGAGGAUCCUAAUCCCCAAUCAAGGAUCAAUGAAACCCAGUUGAACUUGAGCAUUACAAAUCCUCAAUUUUCAAACUCACUACUCACCUAUUCCAAACUCAGUUCAGAAUUCAGAGCUCCAUUAUUUUCUCAUCAACAGAGCAAAAUGGCGGAGAUUGCGGUGUUCCAUCUACUAGACAACCUUGCACCCUUCCUCCAACAAGAGGCCGAUUUGCAGAUCGGAGUUCGAGAAGAGAUCGAAUACAUCAGAGAUGAAUUCGAGCGCAUGACAGCUUUCCUCAGAGUUGCCGAUGCUAUGGAAGACAACAACCCCGAACUCAAAGUAUGGGUCAAGCAAGUCCGAGAAGCUGCGUACGACAUUGGAGAUGUUCUCGAGUUGUACAUGCUUCGCCUUGGACAUCGUCAUGGCGCUGGAUUUCGCGGUUUUCUUCAUAAGGUUUCUUGCUUUAUUAAGACUUUAAAAGCUCGUCAUCAAAUUGCUUCUGAAGUUCAAAGAAUGAAGUCCAGAGUCGAAGAAAUUUCCAAGGGACAUCAGAGGUACCAUGAUAUAUAUGGUACGUUAGAGCAAGGUUCAAGCUCAAGGUCCACUGGUCUUAACACAGCGUGCCAUGAUUAUCGUCGCGAUGACCUUCUACUCCAUGAAUCCGAGCUUGUGGGCAUCGACAAGCCCAAAUCGCAACUAAUUAGGUGGUUGGUGCAUGAAGACCCCAGACUUAAGGUGUUUUCCGUAUCAGGAAUGGGCGGAUUGGGCAAAACAACACUCGUUAAAAAGGCCUUUGAUGAUGCAGAUGUGAAGAAUCAUUUCCAGAGCCAUGUUUGGAUCACUGUUUCUGAACCCUUCAAGAUUGAGGUGCUCCUAAAAGGCAUCAUCAAACAACUUUUUGAAGAAAUCAAGCAACCAGUCCCACAAGGUAUGGACAACAUGGAUACGAAAAACUUGAAAGGGAUAAUUCAUGCUUUCCUGCAACAAAAGAGGUAUGUGCUUGUUUUCGAUGAUGUAUGGGAUAUUCAUGCCUGGCAAUCUUUUAGAUGUGUGUUUCCUAUUGGCAAUUGUGGGAGUCGAGUAGUGCUAACAACCAGAAAUGCAGAUUUCGCUUUUUCCGCUAGUUCAGAAUAUCAUGGGGAUGUCUGUAAUCUUCAGCCCUUGACUCCAGAAGAGUCCUGGACAUUGUUUUGCAGGAAAACAUUUAUGGAGAAUUCUUGCCCUUCACACUUGGAAAGACUUUCAAAAUCCAUCUUGAAUAGAUGUGAGGGAUUGCCGCUUGCAAUUGUGGCAAUUAGUGGUCUUUUAUCAACAAAGGAUAAGAGCAGAAUAAGAUCAACCGCAGCCUUGGUGCAGAACUAG